AUGUUCAUAAAUAUUGUGAUGAUGUUUUUAAUUACAAUGAUAAGUACGAUUCUAUGUCGUAAAGUAACACUUAGUAAUGUAAUUCCUCGACGAGAUACCGAUGGAAAUAUAAUGGAUGCUCAUGAUGGUAAUGUAUUUUAUCAUGAUGGUCUUUAUUAUUAUUAUGGUGCAAGUUAUGGUUUAUGUAAAGAACCUCCAGGUCCAUCAGGUUGUACAGAAUGGCAUAUAGGUGGAUGUGGUUUUCAACUUAAUCAUAAUGUUAGUCUUUAUACAUCAACAGAUCUUUCUGUAUGGAAAUUUCAUGGAUAUGUUUUUGAAAUGUCUUCAAUGAAAACUCCCGGAAUAAUGUUUGGUCCUCGUGUUUUGCCAAAUCAAAAAACAAAUAAAUGGGUUAUGUGGUUUAAUUUUUUACCAGCUACUGGUACAGGUGUUUCUCAAUCACAAUGUGCUGUUGCGAUAUCUGAUACAGCUCAAGGUCCAUUUGAAUUAGUUACUGAAAAAGUUACAACAUUAGCAUGGGAAAAUACAGGAGAUUUAAAUCUUUUUCAAGAUGAUAAUGGAGAUGCUUAUAUUAUUUAUAAUGCACAUAUUGAUGGUAGUGUUUAUAAACCUGAUCAUUUAAUGUCUGUUGAAAAAUUAUCUGAUGAUUAUCUUAGUUCAUUAGGAAAAGAAUUUAAUAGUGGAUAUUUUGGUCAAACUUUUGUUGAAGGUGGUGCAAUGUUCAAACGGAAUGGAAUCUAUUAUGCUGUAUUUGGUCAAUGUUGUUGUUAUUGUUCGGAUGGAGCAUCUGUUACAGUCUAUAGUUCUUUGCAUCCGCUCGGACCAUUUGAUACAAUGAAUAAUUUAGGAAAUGAAGGUCAUGCUCAAUUAUAUAAUAUUUUACAAUUUAAAACUAGUGGAAAUGAAACUUAUGGAUAUUUAUGGCAAGGAAAUAAAUGGCAAAGUUCUCCAGAUGGUGCUAAAGGACAUGAUUUUACAUAUUGGUCACCUCUAGCUUUUGAUUCAUAUGGUAAAGUCAAAUAUAUGAACUAUGCUGCUAAUUUUACUAUUGAUGUUAUUUCAAAUAUUUAUUAA